AUGGAAGAAGCCUUUAUAAAAACACCCGAGGAAGUAUUAGAGUACUUUGACGUUAACAUAGAACAUGGUUUAAAUGAAAAGCAAGUAAAUGAAAAUAAGAAGAAAUAUGGGAGGAAUGAACUUCCCCAGAAAGAUUCCACGCCCAUGUGGGAACUUAUUUUAGAACAAUUCAAAGAUCAGCUUGUUAUAAUUCUUUUGAUUUCUGCCGCAAUAUCUUUCGUCUUGGCUUUGCUCGAAGAUUCUGAGGAACAGGGCACCGCAUUUGUAGAACCAAUUGUGAUUCUUUUGAUAUUAUUUGGGAAUGCUACGGUCGGUGUUAUACAAGAAAGUAAUGCAGAGAAAGCUAUAGAGGCAUUAAAAGAAUAUUCUCCUGAUGAAGCAAAAGUUUUACGCAAAGGAAUAUUUCCCGAAGCAAAAGUUGAUCCGGUUAUACAGAUUGCAAAUAUG